AUGGCUAUCAAAACCCGGUUCCACGAAGAUAUCUCAUAUGCUCCAGGGGGGCAAGAUGACUUUCUCGAUUCACAUCAUCGACGGGGAAAAUUCUCAUCUCCUUUAGAUGGAAUUAAGGGAGAAAGACAUUCUAGACGCCGGCGGCGAGGUAGAGACGAGGAAUUUGAAGAAGAAAUUGAAAUUGAGAUCGAACGAGACAGGCGUCCCGAACACCGCAGAUCAUCGAGGCAUCAUAGUCGUCCUCGCGAGACUAGAAAACCUCCUCCCAGAAUCGUAGAGAGAGAUGAGCUUGUGGUUCGAAGAGAUGGAAGUCCUGCAUGGAAGAGAAUGGAAAUGGAUGACACGAUUGUACGGCGAGAGAAGGAUAUGGAUAAUCGUUUCGAGGACUCUUUUGAUCCUAUUCCACUUCCGCAUCGACCAUCCCACCUAUAUGAGGAAGAGAUAUUCGAACACCGUCGACAUGGUCGCAGCCCUCCGCAUGGAAGAGAAUUGCAUGUGGAAGUGGAUAGUGAAGAGUUUGGGGCCAGAAGACACAAGAAGCAUCACAGAGACCACGAAGAUGAAAGGAUUCUAGAAGUCGAUGUGGACAUCCAUGAAGAAGCAGACAAUCGGCACUAUAGAGGGCGAAAGCAUGACCCUUUAGUCUUGAGACCGCGUGAGCUAGUCCCGGCCCAUGUUAGAGAAGAAGAUGAGCACUACAGCCGGCAUGUCGCUGAAAGAUCGUGGAAUGAAGAAAGAUAUCGAGACAUGUCCCAAGAUUUGUGCAUCCGAAGACCUAGUCGUCUCUCUGAUAAGUAUGACAGGGAAGUUCAUGGAACGGUUGCAAAGCGAUAUGUCGGCGUGAAGGAAAGGCGUGAGGAACUAUGGACAGAGAUCACAAAGGAUCUUGUUGUGAAGGAGGCUAUUGAAGAGGCAGGGUAUGAUUAUGAAGAAACAGCCGAUUUCUUCUACGUCUUCUCGUGCCUGGAAUAUGACGACGUAGCAGAGCUGGUGAAAUUCACUGAAGACUAUCGCCGCCGACGCCGCGAGAGGGUUUUAGAACUCCAGCAUGAGAGGAUAAAGACGCAUCGCCUACUUCCUGCUCUCCCCCAGCCUAGAAUGGCUUUAGAGCAAGAAUUAUCUCGGCCAGUGUGUGAUGAUGGGCGAGUCCAAGAGACUGAAAUCUUUAUCGACGAGAGCCGAAGAACACGACGCCGCUCGCCUAUACUUAGAGAGCGCGUUAUUUAA